AUGUCACGUCCCCACUUCCCUUCGACUUCCUCUCGAGGUCCCCCCUCCCCUUCUCCUCUCUUCAUUCCACGUCAAACAAAUAACCAAGGUCAGCAUCUUGUCAAACAACCCGAGGACAACGAUCUCAGCGGCAAAACGCUGGUCAGCAUAGGGUUUCAUAGCUCUCCAAGCUCCGAAUUCAGCAUCCACAGCUCAACGGACCCAAGUUCGGAUGAACCCAGUCCUGUUCUUUCUGGACUCGGGAUCCACUGUAAUGCAGUGAGCCCUCUGAAGGAGCGACCAUCGGCGGCUCACCUUCCGCGAGUGAGCAAAGAGACAUUGGUACAAUCACCUCGUCAACAACAUAUCUCCAACCCGUCUCGUCGGCACAAAAGCAAAGCUCCGAGUUUGGAUGAAUUGAAAGAUCGACCUUUGCCACCGCUUCCUUUGGAAACUAGGCAUAGUCAUUCCAGGUCAAUGGGCAAUGGAGCUCAGCUGCUCCGUCCAAAGGGACAGGAGACCCCGUAUGCGUCUUACCAGCGGCGGGUUAAACACUACGCUCUCCCCGCGGAGCCACAACAAAAACACUUCAACACCAUUGAUCGUGCCUUGGAGCGAGCCAAAGAGGAGCAGAGAUGGGUGGAUUUGCGUCCACUUGCUCCAGUUGAAGGGGCACUGCGGGAGGGCCGAGUACGGAAAAUCAGUCAUGGCGCGCGAGUCCGGUCCCAGAUCGCGAUCCCAGAGAGUGUUGACGAGAAUGCCGAGCUGCAGCCGCUGCUGCACACAGAAAGCCCUGUGUCGGAGGAGGCAAAGAAGGUCGAGGUGUCCAUAGUCGCAGAAAAGACCCGACCAUACUACGUCGACCGCAAGCAAUCCAGCCUUCUUGGCCGAGCUGUCCAAUGGCUUCGGCCUUCAUGGUCACGCGAAAGGCUUCGAUCACGGAGUGCCCCUACUCUGAAGAAGCAAUUCAACUCAAUUUCAGAGAGUGCGGAACCUGCCACAGCACCGAAAAAAGACGCGGAAAAGCCGUUCACUCCACCUGAAGCACCACGUGCCCAACCAGCUCAGCCUUGUCCAACGGAGCCUACUGCACGGAAACCCCGUCCUCAUCGCGACUCGGUCACACGCAUGAAACGCGUUCUCUCGGCCCUUAUGGACGAUCGCAUCUCCCUCUGUCUGAGCAACCAGUCCAACGCAGAAGAUGAGCGAGCUCUGACGCAGCUGCUUCAACGAACACAGCAGCAGCUACUCGAAGGCCUCCGCGACAUGCCUCGGUCCCGUGGUAAAAGGAACGAGACCCCGUUCCUCCAAUCCACGACGGUAUCUCCCAUCGCAUCCGCUCCGUCUCUGCCCAUCCACUCCCGGCAAAGGCGCAGCACACAUGAACUUGACAGUAAACCCCUACCUCGUCCUCGAAAGGGGACACCGGCGCCUGCCAAAUCCUCGACCUCUGCGCACGUGUCUGUCAUGUUUUGUAUUCUCCAAGAAGUCGACAACCUAGUGGACCUAUUCUCCUUUGCUCUCGUCAACCGUGCCGCAUACACAGCACUUAAGUCGCAUGAGCUCCCACUCAUCAAGUCUACCCUGUGGAAAAUGUCCCCCGCCGCUUGGGAACUCCGUGAGAUGAGCGAAAUCCGCUGGGACAAAGCACCCUACACCGGCGGCCAGAGCCUCGCCGCAACACUGUACAUCCGCCAUUGCACGAUGGACCUGAUCAACCACGCACAGAUCAAGUUCCUGCUCUAUGACCACGCACACCUUAUUCUCCGCGAAGACACCUUGGCCGCGAUGCGCGAUGGCUGCUCCACUCGUGCCAUCGAAAUUGACGAGGCUAUUUGGCGUGUUUGGACGUUUUGUCAUCUAUUUGGCAACCACAAGAACAGGGAAAACGACAUUAUGGGGCAGGUACGGUGGCUGAGAGGGGAUUGCUUUGUCGAAGGAGACGAGCAUGAUCUUCCAGCGGUGUGUGCGACGAGUCCCGACCCCAAGGACUUCAAUACGGUUUUCUUUUCUCCCCCAAGGGGCUUCGCGGCAGGGAAUCGAGGUCUGCUGUCCGAGACACAGUUGCGUGAUAUGAUUGAGAUUUGGACUGCGAUGGCGUCUUUGUUGGACUUCUUAAGGGACGAGACAGUCCUGGCGAGACGAUUCGGGGUUUUUGACGGACUUGAUGUUCCGGUUGGGGACAGGAGGUUGGAGAAACAGGCUUUGAGAGCGUGGUUGAAUUACAUCCUCACCCUCGGUCCUACUGCGGUCCUUUCGUUGGUCCCAUUGGGCCCACGCUCUCCAAAAGAAAGCAUAUUCUCUCGUGCGAACUCUUAUGGCUGGACCAAGUGGACUCCUCCCCUCUCGAGCUCUCUCGAGAAUGGCUUCUUUGUUGGUGUGGUAAGUGAAUUGCUGUCCGCUAUGCAGACUCGGGAAAGGAGGAAUAGGAACGCCCAACUGCAGGCCCGGAUUUGA